AUGGAGGCUCCAGUGCCGACUCCCACGCAGGCCCCAGACCCUGAUGCAGGGGAUCCUGCACAUCAGGGACCCUUGGAGCCGGACCCUCAUAUGGAUCCUUUACCCCCUGAGGCGUCCUCCUCAUCCUCCCUAGAUGAGGCGGUGGCGGGUACAACAUCCUCAGGCCCACCUCCAAUGGACCUCCGUGCCCACCAAGACUUGUUGCGUAGGGUGGCAUGGAACAUGGACCUACAGGCUGAGGAGAUAGUGGAGGUGGAGGACCCGGUGCUCUGCGAGGCACUGUACACCUCAGAGCAGCAAAUGGUAGCAGUUUCUGCUGUCUCCAAGCAGAGUCUAGCCCUGAGAGUUUAUUUCCACAGCACUAUAAAGACUCCCCGAGCUCCCCCAAGGGAGAUGUCCAAGUCUAAAGGUCCCAGCCGAGCUGGCAAUUAUGGUGCUAGCACCUGUAGAACCUCAGCCCCGGCACCAGGGGAAGUCAAGCAGUACCCACCAAUCAGUGCCAAAAUCAAGGGGCCAGGGGCCGGAAAAUAUGGCCGGCAGCCCUGCACUGGCAUCAGGAAUCACGACUUCACCAUGUUCGCAGAACCAGCCUACACGAUGCGUAUAAAACACACGGAGAAAAUCUUGGCUGACACAGUCAGUCCUGGUGCCUGCUUCGUAGACCCUCACCUCUCCCGCUUUGGGUGGUGGAAGCCAUCGUCCUUCCGCAUACAGAACCGAGAGAAGAGUCUAAGUUUGAUGAGCACACCUGCCCCGAAUGAAUACCACACAGAGAAGGUGCAUCCGCAGGGGGAACCCUACGCACCGGCUUAUUCCUUGGGCGACCGCACUCGCUACCGUGAGAAUGAUCCCAACCCAGCUCCCAAUGCCUAUACCCUCCCAGGGAUGCUGGGACCCGGACUUCCCAUCAAGCCAUCUGCCCCCUGCUACAGCAUGGCCUCCAAAAUGGAUAUGUGGAGCAACGCAGAGGAGCUGGCAAGAGUCCCUGGCCCAGCAUCCUUUGUUGUGCCCGAACCGAAUGUCUACUUGCACCGGCAACCUGCCUACAGCAUGUGGAGAAAGUACAAGUUUGUAAGGGACUCUACUCCAGGGCCAGCAGACUACAAGACCGGCCGUGUCACCAUCACCAAGCCGAGGGCCCCGGAUUUCAGCCUGGGGAUCCGUCACUCCGAGUACCUCACCCCCUUGGUUAUUGAUGUUAUGGAGUGA